AUGGGUCUGUCGGAUCGUGUGCAAUGCGGGAAUGCUCCCGGGCAUGAAGGCGAGCAAGUGUGUGGCGAAGCACUGCGCCAGCCACAACCGACGGAACCAGCACAUCGCCCAGAAGAUGAUCGCUGCGAGCACCAACUAUUGCAACGCGGCGGAGCUGCUACGUCAGUCCAGCUUUGA